AUGGAGACAUUUCAAAUUAACGAUGUUGUUAUGGCACCAAUGAAAGGUUCUUCAUUUCCUGUUCAAGGUGAUGUAUUAGCUUUAGAUCCUUCCAAAAAUCUUGCAUAUGUUCGCUUUAGAAACCAAGAUAAAAGAUUAGACGAUUGGAUUCCAUACAAACAACUUCAAUUCAUAAGUCAUGGUGCAGCCAAAACCGAAAAGAAACGUAAACGCAAUGAAGAUGGCGAGGAAAAUUUCGAAGAAGAGUCGCCAAUUCGAAAUCUCGAUUCAAUUCAAUACGGAAAAUACAAUAUCAACUGCUGGUAUUAUUCUCCAUACCUUAGUUUAUUUACUGAAAACCGUCAUAUGUAUGUUUGCGAUACCUGUUGCUUAUAUUUCAAAUCAAAAGAAGAAUUUAUGAAGCAUGGACAUAAAAAAGAGUGUCAGAGGCCUCCUGGACGCGAAAUAUAUAGAUGUGGAAACAUAUCAAUGUUCGAAGUUUCAGGAGCUAAACACAAAGUUUUUUGUCAAUGCUUAUCAUUAUUAUCAAAGUUGUUUUUAGAUGAUGUUGCGGUAUUUUACAACGUUUGUCAAUUCAAUUUCUUUGUUUUAUGCGAAUGUGAUGAAUUUGGUGCGCAUGUCGUAUCAUUUUUCUCAAGAGACUAUCAAUGGCGUGAUAACAAUAUACUUGCAUGCAUUCUCGUACUACCUCCAUGGCAAAAACAUGGAUAUGGAAGAUUAAUGAUAUCAAUUGCAUAUGAAAUCGCAAGAAGAAACAGAAUUGUUGGUGGCCCUGAGAAGCCACUUUCAGAUCUUGGUAAGUUGGCCUUCAAAGCUUACUGGAGAGAUACAAUUAUUAAAACUAUGUUUGAAUAUAAAGAUAAAAUAAGGAAUGUUGAUGAUUUUCAAGCAAUUACAAGUAUAGCAAAAGUUGAUCUCCUUAAAACCAUGAAAGACAUGAACCUUCUUUAUCAUACAAAUGAAGGUUGGACAACAACGCUUAAUAUAGAAGAAAUGAAGCAUUGGAUCGAAAAUGGUCCAAAGCCUAUACCUUCUAAGUUCGAAUUUCAAUCGAAGAUGUUAACUUGGAUAAGAGGCAUAGAUUAA